UCAUCCUAAAAGAUAAAUGCAAUCUUCUUAUUUUAUCAAGCUCUACGGCCUCUUCUUCAUCACUUUAGCCCACGCCUGCAUAUACGCAGCGGCCUUAAUUUGUUUCUCCCUGUCUCCCUCCGCCGCUAAUGUCCUCCAUCUGCGAAGCUAUGGCGGCUUCCAAUAUCUUCGACCAGAGAUACAGGGUGGGUCGGAAGAUCGGCGAUGGCGGUUGCGGCGCUGCAUUCGCGGGUUUAUCUUAUUGACUUUGGUCUAGCCAAGAACUACGGAAGUCGUUCAACCUGUCAACAUAUUCCCUAUAGAUGGUCUAGGCUUUGUUGGAACUUCAAGAUAUGCUAGCAAGAACGCUCACCUUGGCAUUGGGAAUAGGGCUCGGGCAGUCGGGCUUGUGCCUUGGGGGAAAAAGAGCGGAGGGGUCUCGCACUCUCGUCUCUCACAGCUCACUUCAUUCUCAGACCGAAACCCCAACCAGUCGCUGCGUUUGUGUUCCAUACUUCCAUUCUUCUUGCUCCGGCGGCCACCAGCUCGCCGUGCAAACCCGAUGGAAUUUGACAGCGAGUGGUCCACGGCCUAAUCCCCAAGGCUCCUUUCACUAUGGAUUGAUCAAAACCUCUCGUAUGAUCAUGCUGGAAAACUCUGCACCCAUUAUAAAUGGCAAGCAGAGAUAUGCUGUGAACAGCGUCUCAUUUGUUCCUGCAGACACCCCUCUGAAACUUGCAGACUAUUUCAAGAUCCCCGGAGUUUUCAGCCUUGGAAGCAUUCCCAGCAACCACCUGGGGAGUUGCAUACCUCCUGACCUCGGUCAUGGCUGCUGAUUUCCAAGCUUUUGUUGAGAUUGUGUUCCAAAACUGGGAGAACACUGUGCGGUCCUGGCACAUUGAUGGCUAUUCCUUCUUUGUUGUUGGGUUCUCAUCCUAGUAACACCUGUAGAAUGGAGAACGGGAAAGGAGCUGAAGUUGCGAGUUUGCUGAAAGUUCUUCCCCCUGUAGAGUUCUGUUGUGUUUAUGGCUCAUCCCUUCAUCCCAACAAUUGUGACAAGUCAAAGAUGAUCGAUUACAUUCUCGGUGUAAAGGAUCCCAUGAAAUGGCAUUCUAAGAAUUUGAAAAUGAAUAGAGAUCACUAUGCUUCAUUGGUGUUACGUCUCGGUGGGGCAAGGCUGAUUACAGAUGUUGCAAAUGACAUCGGCGCUGGAGUACACUUUAACUCGUAUGUUUCUUUGGGCCACAAGCUAUUCAAGUAUGGUGUUGUUAGAAUGAAUGACUUGAUCCAGGAUAUCAUGUGUUGGGAGACAUUCUACUUGAGUGGUCGUCUGCAGAAACCGGUUCAUAUUCUUGUGGAUACUUUGGAUGUGGGAAAUGUGAAUUUCGUUAAUUUGAGGGCUGCAACAUCUGCUGCUCUCCUUCUCUUGCCAUCUAAAUUCACCGAGGAAGAUCUAUAUGCCAGAAUUUGUGGCCUGUCAUACAUGGGUGACUUGCGGAUGCUAUUUGCAGAGGACAAAAAUAAGGUGAAAAAGAUUGUUCAGGGUCAGUUUUGUUCAUUCCAAAAGAUGUAUAAGCCAGUUCUGACGGAGUAUGAAACUAGAGAUUUGAUAAGAUUCUCGUCAGGGGGUGACCAGGAAAAUAUAUAUCAGGAUUGUAGUUUAUCAUCAGUUCGCUCCCUUGUUGCUUCUCUUCCGUCAACUAUCAGAAAUCAAAUGGGGCUGAAACUGGGAGAAAACAGAAUACGGAAUCAAUCUGGUCGGACCAUGUUUGAAGUUAUGAUCAACUCUAGAGAAGAGGCCGCUCAAUGCAUGCAGAAAGUCCUGAGGCAGAAGGUUAUGGGUUCGAGUGUGAGGCAGGCUGUUUCUGGUCUACUGGCUGUUGGUUGUGUUAAUGCUGCUAGGCAGGUCCCCGGGAAUGGCAAUGAGAAAAAACACCAAAGGCUCAAAUUUUUUAUUACUUCAACACUAGUUGUUCAAACCAUGCAGCUGAGUUGGAGUUGUUGGGACUUGCGGAUCAACUUUUCAUUGGACUUGAGUUUUAUUUUUAUUUUUAUUGUUAUUUUUAUUUUUUAUUUUUUUGUUUAAAAAAGACUUGUGUGAUGCUAGAGCAUCUGUAUAUGGGUAGAAAUCUCUAUUUGUAGCAAAUUUUGGGGUAAUGAUGUAUGAGUUUAUUUUCUUCUUGUCAUAAAUUAUGGAUGCACAUUCUUUUGGAAUGACAUUGUUGAAUUGAAGGAAA